UUAUUGUCUUGCCCUAAGGUGCUGUAUACCUCAAGAACCUAGUCACCUCUAGUUGGGCUGACCGGGAAGUAGAACCAGGCGUCCCUCUACCAUUCACUAUCCACGAGCAGGACCGGGCCAUGAUCAGAGAUGCUAUAGUUGAUGCAGUGGUCUGUGCUCCUGAGCUCAUUAGAGCUCAGUUGUGCGUCUGCGUGAACUCAAUGGUGAAACAUGAUUUUCCGGGCCGCUGGACACAGAUUGUAGACAAGAUAAGCAUCUACCUACAGAACCCUGAACCCACUGGUUGGUCCGGAGCUCUCCUCUGCUUGUAUCAACUUGUCAAGACAUUUGAGUACAAGAAGGUGGAGGAACGAGGCCCGCUUAAUGAGGCCAUGAACCUGCUGUUUCCCAUGAUCUACCAGCUUAUCAUGCGUUUGCUGCCUGACCAGUCUGAGCAGUCAGUUCUGCUGCAGAAGCAGAUCCUCAAGAUAUACUUUGCUCUCACACAGUAUGUACUACCCCUGGACCUGAUUUCCCGAGAGGUGUUCUCUCAGUGGAUGGAGAUUGUACGGACAGUGGCGGACAGGCCUGUACCUGACCAGACCAAUCAGGUGGACGAGGAGGAGUGGGUGGACCUACCUUGGUGGAAGUGUAAAAAGUGGGCCCUGCACAUUCUCCACCGCAUGUUUGAGAGAUAUGGCAGUCCAGGAAAUGUCACCAAAGAUUACAAGGAUUUUGCAGAAUGGUAUUUGAAAACAUUUUCUGGUGGAAUCCUAGAAGUUUUGCUCAAAAUAUUAGAUCAGUACAGGAGGAAAACCUACGUCUCUCCUAGAGUUUUACAACAGACCUUGAAUUAUAUCAAUAUCGGUGUAAGUCAUGCACACUCUUGGAAGUUCCUAAAGCCGCACAUGUUCGCCAUUAUACAAGAGGUGCUGUUCCCGCUCAUGUCCUACUCUGACUCUGAUGAAGAACUGUGGAAUAGCGAUCCCCACGAUUAUAUCCGGGUCAAGUUCGGUAAGUUUCUCCCAAAUCACAAAAUCGUAUUGAUUUGAAGUUGGUUACAAGGC